AUGGGCCAAGGUCCCCACCCCCAAUCGCCACUGCCAGACGACUGUCUUCUAGUCGGUCUGCUUCCUGUCGAGGUCCGUCUUCUCACACCGCAGGAGAGAGAUUCGAGGUGCCAACCUCCUUCACACUCGUUUUCCUUCAUCAACACCGUACUGCGAAGCGAGAGGCAUGCGACCGUGAGCUCUUCUGCCCCCCCCGAACCCAACAACUCGACCGAAUACUUCUCCAACGGUCGGCUGGCCAUCAGCCCCAGGCCUACACUCGCCAUGGCUCCCUCCAAGACGUCCUCGACCGUCACCGCCGCCUCCACGGCCGGCGAGGCACCGCCCGCGGUCCUCAAGCUGAACGCCAAGGGCAGCAAGCGCCAGGACCCGGACACGGACGGCGGCGCUGACCAGCUGCCGCGGGACCCCCUCGAGACCAAGUACCGCGACUUCUUCUGGACCUACACCGAGGAGCCGCACCGGACGCGGCGGCUGGCCAUCAUCAAGGCGCACCCGGAGGUGACCAAGCUGUGCGGGCCCGAGCCGCUGACCAAGUACGUGGUGCUGGCCGUGGUGGCGCUGCAGGUCGCGUGCGCCUACGCCAUGCGCGACCGGCCUUUCUUCUCGCUGCCCUUCUGGGCCCUGGCCUACGUCGUCGGCGCCACGGCCAACCAGAACCUGUUCCUGGCCAUCCACGAGAUCUCGCACAACCUGGCCUUCCGCUCGCCCACGGCCAACCGCCUGUUCGCCAUCGUCGCCAACCUGCCCAUCGGCAUCCCCUACAGCGCCUCCUUCCGCCCCUACCACCUGACCCACCACAAGUCGCUCGGCGUCGACGGCCUCGACACGGACCUGCCCACCGCCCUCGAGGCCGCCUUCCUCGACUCCAUCCUCGGCAAGGCCUUCUUCUGCACCUUCCAGAUCUUCUUCUACGCCGUGCGGCCCAUGGCCGUCUACCGCGUGCCCUUCACCUGGGUGUCGCUGGCCAACGUCGUGGCCCAGGUGGCCUUCGACGCCGCCGUCCUGCAGACGCUGGGCUCGCGCGCCCUGCUGUACUUCCUGCUGUCGAGCUUCCUGGCCGGGUCGCUGCACCCGCUGGCGGGCCACUUCAUCGCCGAGCACUACGUGUACAGCACCGUGACGCCGACGCAGCGGGACCCGGGCAACCAGGUGCCGAUCCCGGAGACGUACAGCUACUACGGCAUCGGCAACCUGUUCACGUACAACGUCGGCCUGCACAACGAGCACCACGACUUCCCGGCCGUGCCGUGGACCCGCCUGCCCAAGCUGUACGAGAUCGCCCGCGAGUUCUACGAGGACCUGCCCCAGCACCGCAGCUGGAGCUACGUGCUGUGGCAGUUCAUCUUCGACGAGAACGUCGGCAUCCGCUGCCGUGUCAAGCGCAAGGAGGGCGGCCGCCUCGUCGGCGUCGACCCCCGCAAGGCCGUCAGCAGCGGCGCCGCCAAGGCCGCCGACUGGGAGGAGAGCGAGAUCCAGGCCUAG